AUGUCACAAGUCAUUGGCCCUACGCAACUGGCCUACUCCCGAGUAUGGCACCAGGUCUCGGCCAAGGCCCUCCACCCGACUCUCUCCACCCAGAACGGCACCACGCCCCCGUCCCUCGGCCGGCUCGCCAGCCGCAUCGCCGUCCUUCUCAUGGGGAAGCACAAGCCCAUGUGGGAUCCCUCCACGGACUGCGGCGACUACGUGGUCACGUACUACCGACACAACACGCGGCCCGGUUCGCUCAAGGCCGUCACGAUGGACGUUCUCAUGGACAAGUUUGGCGGGAGCGAGAUCUUGCGGAGGGCCGUCAGCGGCAUGCUGCCCAAGAACAGGCUAAGGGACAAGAGGCUGGCGAGGCUCAAGGCGUUUGACGGCGCCGCGCACCCGUACAAGAAGAACGUUAUCAAGGUGGGCGACAAGACGGUGGGCGAGGAGGGCUGGAGGGAGGUUGCCAAGGCCAUUAGGGCGUCGAGCGAUGCGAGGAUAUAA